AUGACGUGGGCCCUGCAGCUUCUGACAGAGAAGAGAGUGGCUGAUGGAAGCCCCUGCCCUCUCCUCCCACCUGGCUCUCAGCCUGCCACUCACACCCAGCGGUUCUACUGGGACUUCACCAUGUUGCUGUUCAUGGUGGGGAAUCUGAUCAUCAUCCCAGUGGGCAUCACUUUCUUCAAGGACGAGACCACCGCGCCGUGGAUCGUCUUCAACGUGGUCUCGGACACUUUCUUCCUCAUGGACUUGGUGCUGAACUUCCGUACGGGCAUUGUGAUUGAGGACAACACGGAGAUCAUCCUGGACCCCGAGAAGAUAAAGAAAAAGUACCUGCGCACGUGGUUCGUGGUAGACUUCGUGUCGUCCAUCCCGGUGGACUACAUCUUCCUCAUCGUGGAGAAAGGCAUCGACUCCGAGGUCUACAAGACGGCGCGCGCACUGCGCAUCGUGCGCUUCACCAAGAUCCUCAGCCUGCUGCGGCUCCUGCGGCUAUCGCGGCUCAUCCGCUACAUCCACCAGUGGGAGGAGAUUUUCCACAUGACCUACGACCUGGCGAGUGCAGUGAUGCGAAUCUGUAACCUGAUCAGCAUGAUGCUCCUGCUCUGCCACUGGGACGGCUGCCUGCAGUUCCUGGUGCCCAUGCUGCAGGACUUCCCCAGCGACUGCUGGGUGUCCAUCAACAACAUGGUGAACCACUCCUGGAGCGAGCUCUACUCCUUUGCGCUCUUCAAGGCCAUGAGUCACAUGCUGUGCAUCGGCUACGGGCGGCAGGCACCUGAGAGCAUGACAGACAUUUGGCUGACCAUGCUCAGCAUGAUCGUAGGGGCCACCUGCUAUGCCAUGUUCAUUGGGCAUGCCACGGCACUUAUCCAGUCACUGGACUCAUCACGGCGCCAAUACCAGGAGAAGUACAAGCAAGUGGAACAAUACAUGUCCUUCCACAAGCUGCCAGCUGACUUCCGCCAAAAAAUCCAUGAUUACUAUGAACACCGGUACCAGGGGAAGAUGUUCGACGAGGACAGCAUCCUUGGGGAGCUCAACGGGCCCCUUCGUGAGGAGAUUGUCAACUUCAACUGCCGGAAGCUGGUGGCUUCCAUGCCACUGUUUGCCAACGCAGACCCCAACUUUGUCACAGCCAUGCUGACAAAGCUCAAGUUCGAGGUCUUCCAGCCCGGCGAUUACAUCAUCCGAGAGGGGACCAUCGGCAAGAAAAUGUAUUUCAUCCAGCACGGGGUGGUGAGCGUGCUCACCAAGGGGAACAAGGAGAUGAAGCUGUCAGAUGGCUCCUAUUUCGGGGAGAUCUGCUUGCUCACAAGGGGCCGGCGCACAGCCAGUGUGCGGGCUGAUACCUACUGCCGCCUCUACUCACUGAGUGUAGAUAAUUUCAACGAGGUGCUGGAGGAGUAUCCCAUGAUGCGGCGUGCCUUCGAGACUGUGGCCAUUGACCGCCUUGACCGCAUCGGCAAGAAGAACUCCAUCUUGCUGCACAAAGUUCAGCACGACCUCAGCUCGGGCGUGUUCAACAACCAGGAGAACGCCAUCAUCCAGGAGAUUGUCAAGUAUGACCGUGAGAUGGUGCAGCAGGCAGAGCUGGGUCAGCGCGUGGGGCUCUUCCCACCACCACCACCACCGCAGGUCACCUCAGCCAUCGCCACGCUGCAGCAGGCCGUGGCCAUGAGCUUCUGUCCGCAGGUGGCGCGCCCGCUCGUGGGGCCCCUGGCACUCGGCUCCCCACAAUAUGGAUCAAGUGCAAUACUCGGCCCGCCGGCUUCCCGCUGCCCCAGCCCGGCAAGCUCACGCAAUAACCAGCCUGGCCCCUGCCCACGCGUUCGAGUGACCUCCUUUGGGCACCCAGGGGCGGGCUUCACGACCAAGCCGGCGAGGGGGCGAGGCUGGGUCCCCGCCGUCGCCAUGAAUGUACUGACAGCCGAGGCAGCAGCGGCCCCCACGCCCCAUUAA